CAUCUCUGCUUUCGAUGUCGAUGCUCAUUUUUGGGUUCUCCACCUGAUGCUCGUGAGGGAAGGAACAAGGCGCUGUAGCAUUUAAGACUCGGGGAUCAGUUCUACAAAGAAGCGAUUGAGCACUGUCGCAGCUACAACUCUCGGCUGUGUGCUGAACGAAGUGUCCGCCUUCCCUUCCUGGAUUCACAAACUGGGGUAGCUCAGAACAACUGCUACAUCUGGAUGGAGAAGAGGCACAGGGGACCAGGCCUGGCCCCAGGUCAGCUGUACACCUACCCAGCACGUUGCUGGCGCAAAAAGAGGCGUUUGCAUCCCCCCGAGGAUUCCAGGCUGAAGCUGCUGGAAAUUAAACCUGAAGUUGAUCUGCCUCUGAAAAAAGAUGGCUUCACAUCAGAAGGUACAACUCUGGAAGCUUUGCUGCGUGGAGAGGGAAUAGAGAAAAAAACAGACACUAAAGAAGAAGACACUAUACAGGAAAUCCAGAGGGUUUUAGAAAAUGAUGAAAAUGCAGAUGAAGUGAAUGAGGAAGAGGAUUUGGAAGAAGAUAUCCCGAAACGAAAGAACAGGCCCAGAGGACGGCCAAAGACCCCCACCUGGAAAAAAAUUUUCCAGAAAAAUGCUCGGGGCUCUGGAGGUGGCAGGAGACGAAAUGAUGCUGCCUCCCAGGAUGAUCAUGACAAACCCUAUGUUUGUGACAUCUGUGGCAAGCGUUACAAGAACAGGCCUGGACUGAGCUACCAUUAUGCUCACACUCAUCUCGCCAGCGAAGAGGGGGAUGAAGCCCGAGAGCAGGAGACCCGCUCCUCCCCUGUCCACAGAAAUGAAAACCACAAACCCCAGAAAGGACCAGACGGGGCCAUCAUUCCCAAUAACUACUGUGACUUCUGCCUCGGAGGCUCCAGCAUGAACAAAAAAAGUGGCCGGCCUGAGGAACUUGUAUCAUGCUCAGACUGUGGGCGCUCUGGACACCCAACCUGCCUGCAAUUCACCACAAACAUGACUGAGGCUGUCAAAACCUAUCAAUGGCAGUGCAUUGAGUGCAAAUCCUGCAGCCUUUGUGGGACCUCUGAGAACGAUGACCAGCUGCUCUUCUGUGAUGACUGUGACCGUGGCUAUCACAUGUAUUGCUUGAAUCCACCAGUCUUUGAGCCCCCAGAAGGGAGCUGGAGUUGUCAUUUGUGCCGGGAGCUGCUCCGAGAGAGAGCAUCAGCUUUUGGCUUCCAGGCCUGAGGAGCUGCAGCAAUCAAGAAACGCUUUGCUCCUGGUGUUGUUGUACCAGCACACAAUUCCCAUCCGGAACACAAAGACACAACCCACAUCGGAAUGAAUGGACACUCAGAUAGAUGAAGAGGUAUCUAUGGCGUUCACUGUCAGAGAGUAGCUGUCACUCAUGCAGUACCUCCUGGGCUCUACUAGAAGGAUCGUGUACUUUCCCGAUGCUCCAGAUGAAAUCUCUCCACUGCUCUGCAUGGUCGCUGCUUACCGUUACAGGCGCACAUGCAUUACGGCAGGGGAAGGGUUCUUAUAUCGACACAGAGAAGUCAAUUUUGUGUGGCCUUGUGCUUUCUGUCUAGCUGACUUUUUUAAGAAGAAAUAGUAACAUAUCUCCCAAGCAGUUAUUUGGUGAGUGUUUUGGCUGGGAGCAAUAGAAGUUGUUACUCUUGACAGGCUUGACUGGAAAUCUCUUUACUGCAACUACUCUGGCUUCAUAGAGGGGCUUUGAGAGUUGCAUUAGUUCAGUACUUCCCAGGUCAUGAACAACAGAUUGUCACUGAGAAAAACAGGGAUCAAAAACAUUUUGGGUGGCACUUUCUCCCCUGGAUCAAAUUCCUUGCUUUUGCAGAUUUUUGGAAAUCUGGUUUUAGUGUCUCUGAAGGAAGAAUAGUAGCCACUAUCUACACGUGCAGAUGCUUAGAAAGUUCUACCAUGUUUAGUAUUUCAGGAUAUCCAUCUUGCUGUCCCACUGCAGCUCAAUUCAGACUUAUCAUUUUAUUUUUGUUUAAAAAAGGUGCAAAUGGCUAUGGAUGUGUAAAUAAAUGAUUUGCUGUUUAGCUCAUAAAACUGAACAAAAGAAAAGUGUUUUAAGCUGACUGUAGACAGUGAAAGUGUGAGUUUUCUGAACAAUCUAAAGUAAGCUAAGAAAGGAACAACAUUGAUUUGGAGUCAAAUGAAGCACUUUUUAUUAAUUUUUUCAGAUUUCUGCAAUUGAAAGUUGAAAUUUUUGUUUCAAAAAUUGUCUAAUCAGGACUUCCAUUAUGUCCAAAGCCUUACCAUUUUUUAUUUUGUAUGCUCAAAGUAGUUGUCAACAUGUACUUGAAUUUGCAAAUAGUUUUACCCCAAUAGUUUUGCCUGAAACAAUGUUUUUGGGCAAACAUACAUGAAAAUUUGCUAAAAAACCUUCCCCAGCUCUAGAAAAGGGAGCAAUUUACUGAACCUAAUAUGAAAAGAAAGAUUGUAGUAGUUGUUUUAAAAUUUAAAUUGAAAUAGCUGUACUUUAUUUAAACAAACAUCUACUGUAUAGCACAUGCAAACUAAAAGGCAUUUCGCUAGUGGCUCACAACCAAGAUGGAGACUUGAUGAAUGUUGUUCGAUUCUUCGAGCCAUGUGAAACGGAGAAACAUUAAGCAAGACUAUCAAACGAAAAAAUAUUUUUUACCGUUGAGACCCUUUCAAUAAUUUAAGAAGGACAGUGAGGACUUUAAAAAAAAUCAUACUGAGUAUAUCUUUAAGGUUAAAAACAUGCCACUCCCUGAAAUAGGCCCAGAAUUAUCAUUUUUUGGGUGUGAUGUAUAUUACUUUUUAUGCAUAGAUUUAAAUGGGAUUAUAAUAUAAAUUUAUGAUGGUCUCAAGCAGCAUGUGACUCGGGUUGCUUGUACAAAUAGGUAAGGACAUUGAAGAUUAUAUUUGGGAUAUUUAUAUUAAUUGAAACAUUUUUGCAAAAUUACAUGUCCCUGAACACUUGAAAGAAUAUUGUGAAAGUGAGUAAAUUUUUUCUCCUUCUUUUGCUAAUUACACUUAGUUAGAAUGAACUGUACUGACCUAAUGCACUUUUCCUCAUUAUUUAGCUAGUUUUUUCACCCUUUGCAUUUUGUUCAGCUUGCACACUGAAGAUAGCAGUGUCAGCUUUUGGAUUCUCCCAUGUACCAUCACAGUGUAUUCUCAGACUGCAGCACAAGUAUUUUAACCUGUUAGAAAAAGGCUUUAUGAAGGCUUAGAAAAUAUUUAUCCUAGCUGUAUUGGACCAAAUCUCCCUUAACACAGCUGCGCUGGCUACCUGUGAAAUUUAUUCGAUACCUUAGGCUUUCUGUGUGACACCUCCCAGGCUGGCCAAGGGUGUCACCAAUCUCAGUGUCAGGCACUGGGAGGGUGAAAUGGGAGCCCGCAGUCUGCUGCGGACCUGGGUUAGGUGCUGUGUGCCUGGAAAGGGAGUGUUUUGGCAAAAAGAGAUAGGAACUGAGAAGUGAAGGUACUGAAGGAAAAUGUUGUGGUAGUGACAGUGGUAGGAGCAGCAGAGGCGAGCUAGUGCAAAAGCUGGUGUUCAGGUAACAAGAGGGUUGGGCUUAGUGAGCUCCAUCAUAGAAAUAAAUAGCCAUCACCUUCAAAUUUGCAGGUACUUGCAGUGGCUUUGGGAGAGCAAUAGGAGUGCUGGAGAUAAAUAAUGAUGAAAAUGCAUAUUGCUUCAGUCUGCAUUUUGGGGAGAAAGCAGUGACUAAUCACCUCCUCAGUCUCUGGUAGCCCUUUGCGAGCUUUUAGUGGGACUGGCGGGUGUAUUAAGUCAGUGCUCUCUAUCCCAGUGACUGAGACAUUGCUAAAUGAGCUCUAUUCUGCAAGAACACCUGCUUCCCUCUUUUGUGGUUUUGAUCCAUAUUGCUGACUAUUUUCUCCUCCCACAACCAUUCUGCAGUGAACAAUAUCUUUCACGUUAGGAAAUACUCCUUAAUGGCAUUGCUGAAGUUUCAUCAUUAAUGAGGUGUGACGGAAGAAUAGAUUGCUAGAUCUUCAAUGGCAAAAUAUUGUUUGCCAUAUGAGUUUAAUAGGAUGCCUAUUUGUGCUGAUCCAGUGAUGAUCCACUUCAUUCUCUUCAGCUUUGUGCUGUGUUGCUGUGUGGCCAGGCAGCUUCAGGUGACUUUUGGCAGCAGAUUAGGCCCCAGUUCUCUCAUGCCAAGAACUUCCUCCAGCUACAACCUCCCUUCUUCACAGGCUGAAUCUUAGAUAAGAGGCUGGAACGUUCCUCUCAGUGACAUUUUUAGUAUGCAUUUAGAGCUGUAUGUCUUGAUGCACUUUGGAAAUAUUAAUCGAUCCACCAAACAAACAGUGCUGCACCUAUUUUACUGGGCUAUGGAAAGGUUAUGGCACAGUCAUGGGAGUGAGUAAGAGGAGAUUAGACACUUUGAGAACAGAUUCCCUGUCAUCUGGGUACAUCCUUGGGGAUGCCCUUUCUGCAUAACCAUGGGUGUGAAUCACUACAUAUGCUAUCAGGCAAAUUUUGAAACAGUGUAUAACUCUGAUCUGAUGUGGGCAGCACACAUUUGACAACUCUGACUUUAUAUGCUUCUCUUUCUAUGGCAGGACAUAGUAUUUUGCAUUUUCCUGGAGUGUCUCUUGCUCAAAGCUUGACAUAGGAUGUGGAGUGCUUCAUGGGAGUAUUGUUCCUGUCAGCCUUUAAAGAGGAAAUUGAUGUAUUAAAAAGUAAAUGUUUGUCAUAUGGUGGGUCGUGAAAAAAGGAGGAAGUUUUUACUGAGAGCUAGUGAAGUCAAGUGGGUAGUGAAAGCUGUUAGACAAAGACGGCUUAGAUUUCCAUUUAAUCCAGCCACCUGGACUAGACAGAACUCAAGGUGUUGUGCCUUCUCCACUGCUCUGGGGACAUGUUGAUGUUGGGGUUUGGGGGGGUCUUUUUUGGCUUGUUUGGUUUUUUUUACCAGUGAUGUACUCGGUAAAGCAUGUCUCUCUACCUGCUCUUCUCCGUGGUGGGAUUCACACUCCAUGUGUGAGCUUGUUGGCAGCUCUUUGAGGUGAUGAAGCACUGACAUAUUUCGAAAGUCAUCUGUGUGUGUAGGCAAGGCAAGCAGUAUUUUAACACAGAUCAGAGCAAACUAGCAAGGGAGAUGGUAGAUUCUGCAUCCCCUGAAGUCUUCAAAUCAAGAAUGGGCAUCUUUCCAGAAGACGUAUUUCUGUUAAACAUAAUUUUAGUUAAACACAGGAAUGUCUGACUGAAAAAGACUUACGUUACACAGGAAGUUAGGCUAGAUGAUGUAAUUGUUCUUCCUGUCCUUAUUAUAAUAACAGAUGUUAACCAGUUGAGGAGAUGUAUUUAAAUACAGGCUGUAUCUGAAUAAUGGCCUUAAACACAUUCAUGAAAUCCUUCUCAUUUUUAACCCAUUUUGGAUACCCUAAGAAAGGUCGGUUAUAGAAAUUCCCCUCUACUGAUGCAGUAGAGGUACAUUAUCUCCUUCAUGCCAUGAUGGCAGCUAUAUUGGUGCUAGCUAUCUCAUUUUUUUCCAGAGAACAAACAAUUUAGAUGACACUGAAUGAAACCAUGGUUUGGAUCUGCCUUUCCCUCCCCAGCAUUUCUGUGCUGUGUUGUCUAGUUUUCUGCCUUGUAGAGGGAAGAGUGGCUAGGGAGAGGACUUGCUGCAAAUCUGCAGUGUCAGCCUUGGAAACCAGCAGGUAGUGAAAUGGUCACAAAAAGGGAGUACAUCCAAGCUGUGCCGCUGAGGGAGGUGUGCCCAUUUUACUGUCACAACCAGCACUUUCCCUUUAGCUCUGAAGAGCUAAUACCUUUAAGGAACUGGAUAUGGCUCCCAUUCUGCCUCCAACGAGCACUUCCAGAAACCUGACUUUGAGAACCUGGGCUGGAUUUGCGGCAUUUGGGUAAACGUACCUUAGACUAGUUCUUGAGCUAGAAGAGCCACUGUUAAGUGUGUUCUUUUGAAGCAAGCAUUACUCUAAAUAACUUUUAAAUUGUUAUUUCUCACCUUUCUUUGAAAGGGUAUCUUCUGACUCAAAGGAAGAAGCUCCUGCACAGUACAGUGUUAUGGGGCUGUUGUAUGUUCUUUACACCUAGAGCAUGUGUUUUGACAGGGGUCAUUUGGGAGGUGAGAAGUGGAUGGGUGUAGAAAGGAAUAUUAAUUAAGCUUGUCACUGCCAGAGGGCUAGUGUGCAUUGUGUGCAAGGAAAUUCCAGGUAGAGCUGGGCAUUGUUUCUACCGCAUGUAAUACAUCUAAUUCAAAAAAAUGUGCUUUUAAGGGAACCAUAAUUAUUCACAAAUCCAUGUUGAAUCUGACAAAUUAUUUCAUCCAAAAAAAAUUAAGGGAAAUAUUAGAAAAGUUGAAAAUGUUUAAAGUGAUGCAUUUCAACAUUGAAUUUCAAAGUUAAUUCAAUUUUAAAAUAAAAGAAUUAAAGAGCCUGCAAUUGAAAUGAAACAUUUAAUUUGGGGGUCAAAGAGUGUUUCAGGUCUAUCUGAAAGGAAAUUUUCCAAAUUUUCCAAUUUAGUGCCAAAAGUUGAAUAUUCAGCUCUAACUUUGGGGGUCUGGUUAAUUCAGUUUCAAUGUGUCAAAAUCUUGCAUAAUAGAAAAUGUUACAGUAUCUAUCUAAAAUGAAGAAGAACUGAAAUUAUCUCAAAAAGUUAGCAGCCAUGGAGGAAUAGGAAUCAUUUAGGAUGAUGUAAGUGCAUUCAGUUAACAAUAAAAGAAGAUGAAUAAAACAGGAAAAUGUAAUCUUGAAUGCUAAAAGCAUUUUCUUUUAGUGAGACCGCUAUAAUUUAUUAAUGUUAUUUGUCUGUCUGUUUGUCUAUCUAAUCAGUUGGCAGUGACAUUUGUUAGUCUAUAAAACUGUCUUUCAGAGCAGAAGUGGGAGAUGCUUCAUGUUUUCCAGAUAUAAAAGACUGGACAAAGCAACAGAGAAUAUAUUAGGAACAAUUUGGCACCAGGCUGGGAGGACAGAAAAAAUAAAAGUGAUGGAGAAGGAAAUCACAGGACGGAUUGGCUAGUCAAUUUUAUUAGGGGAGACAAGUGGAUGGCGUGGACGAAAUACUCCCCUGAAACUUUAACAGCUAACCGGUUCUGUAUUUUUGUGAAAAUAGGUUCUGUGGAGAGAAGAAGGCAGAUGGGACAGGUCUCACUAUUUGGUGAGCUCCCCUUUUCUGUUUUUUGCAUCCAUCUGUAGUUGCUCACCAUAGACAUUGAACAUAAUGCUUGGGUGCAGGCACCUUCCUUGGGGUAUGAGUUUGCGCAGAGUGGGAAAGAGUGAGUCAGAACUGCAAGGAUGUUCCUAAACAACAAGUAAAUAAUGUAUCUUUCCCAUUUCCAGCUCCCACCAUUCCCUCUGUUGCCCUGACAAUGUAUGCACCUUCUGGUCCUCCGGCAGACAGGCUUGGGCUUGAGUGGAGAUAGGGGACAGAAGCAAUGGAGAAAGGAGAGAAACUGGGUAUAUUAAAAAAGAAAGUCUUCUCCUCUAGUCAGUUCAGGCAUUGUUAUGACCUGAGCAGCUCAUACUUUUGUGUGAUAUAUUAAGUGGCAAGACAAGCAAAGUAUGUGCUAGUUUUAUUUACCAUAGCACAGCAAGCAUGUGCUUUCAUGUGGCCAUGCAUGUACUCCCGUGUAACCCAUAUGUAAGGGCUGUCACCAGUGUGAAUUGCGUAGACACCAGGGCGGGAGCUCCUGCCACGGCAGAGGUAGGGGCUGGAGGGUUUGUUGCUCUCCUGCCCGUGCCCCCAGAACAUGAGGUCUCUGUCUCACGCGCAGUGAGACAGGCAGAAAUGUGCACACGUUAAUUGCCAUACGUAGGCAAUUAAUCACUGCUGACCUGAGUGGGAGAAAGCCCAUGUAGUAGAGCUCGUGAUUCUGCCAGCCUGCUGGCUUAGAAAGUCACAUCUGCUCUGAGUUAUCUGGAAGGUAAAAAUUUCAUUUUAUGUAAGUCAAGCAAUUAAAUAUGGGUUUUAUCUCUGUGUACAACAGCGGUUGUGGCACCUCUGUGGAGAGGUAUCCAAAGUCUCUGUGCCUCAGUUCUGGCGAACAGAGAGGCUGGCAAUAUCUUAGCCAUCUUGGUAAAGCGCCUUGAGCCCUCGUCAGCUGCAUGCAAGUGCUGAGUACCACCGCUUGCCGCAGUACCGCAAAGCCCGGCUGUAGUGGAGGAGGGAGAACAAAUUCUCCCACGCGAUCCUCUGUGCUGUUCGUUUCUGCCAGCCGCAGGCCCGAGACGCUGCCCUGGGAGAUGGGACUAGUUGAUAUGUCAGGAGCUGGCUGCCGAAGGCCCAAGACCCUGCAGAGGAAAUAAAAAGCUUUUGUUAUUCCCUGUUUCCUCCUCUGGUCAAGGAGGGCAGGAGCUGGGAUUGGCAGGCAGCCAAGUCUGUUUUCAGUGGUGAUAUAAUUACUAAGAAUGAUCUCCAGCCCUGGCAGUAGCUAAAUGGCUUUUCAGGGUGGGCACCAAACCCAGUCUGGUUUACGUAAGAUAAACUCAGCCUUGGAAGGGAAGGGAGAGGAGGAGGGCUCUCUGGUCUGAAGGGCAGUGAUUUAUAACAGUCGCUGCCCAAGCUGCUCCCUCUCCCCUUCCCGUGGCAGAGGGCGCUCAGGCAGCCUCCCCUCUGUCAGCGUGGCUGCCGCCGAUUACGGCUAGACCGUGAUACCCUUGCGUUGGCUGUGGGGCAGUUUUGAGGAGAUAGUCCUGGUGCUGUCCCAGCCCUGUCACCCGAGCACGGUGCCAGCUGGGGCGGCAGCAUCGCCGGGGCAUAGCCAAGGGCAAGAGUGACCGAAGCUGCCACGUGGUGUCUUCAGCCUGUGGAGGAGCAUGUUCCCCCCGGAGCAGCUGGGCUGGCAAGAUGGGAGAGCACAAUCUGGCCAUCCUGAUGGCCAGGUUUUACUGCCGGGUAGAGGGGAGCUGCAUUAUCGUCCUGUCUCUCCAGCUAUAUACUGAUGGGUUUGGUGAGACCCAACAUCACUGUGCAGUGAUAUGCUUAGGUGAGUGUGUGUUGGAAAGGUAACUAAUAGCAAUCACUUCUGGGGGGCAGGGGAGGGAGGGUGUAGGCUUUUAGGGUAUACCCCUUUAUUUCACAAUGUUGAUGAGACUGCCAGGUGUUUUGCACCUGGGGAAUCAAGCCACUACCUUAUUAAUGUGGGCAAUGUGUUUCAGCCAGGUCGAUGAAAAUGCAAAGUAUUGUUACAGUAUUCACUUGCGCAUUUAAAAUAUACAUUGUUACUAUUAUUUUGAAAUAGGAAACCUCCUAUUUCCAGAUCAGCUUACCUCCCUGUGCAUGCAUAAACUUAACAAUAAAACACUUCAUUCUGGAAAAUUGCAGAUUUUUCAAGUAUUGAUAUUUCCUUUGAGACUUCUGCCCAUACAUUCACCAAUCUGGUUUAGUUCAUUGUAACAAAUCACAGGUUUCACCUCCCCAGUGGAUCAGGAAAUGUUCCCUGUCUCCCUACUUUUCAGAAGCCAAGGUGAGAGAAGUGCAGUUUUUAUUCUCCAUAUUUUAAGUGAGUGAUAGAGAAUGACAAGUCCGUUUCAUGCUCAGCUUUCCAUGUCUUGAAUGAAUUACUUGGUUGGCUUGGAGAAAGUUCCUUUUCAGGGCACUUGUAGGGUCUUUGUUAGCAUGUGUCUCACCUGUGCAUGAGAUAAUGGUCUGGAGUUUUGCCCCUUUGGAAAGGACUCUUCCUGCUCUUGCCAUAUAAGCCUUCGAAACUGCUAAUUCUCAGCAAGGAAUCAUGUUGUGCCUGGAGUCCUGAAAAUCAAGAUAAGGAUUUUCCUUAAAUUUCUCAAGAUUUUAAAUGAAUGCAUGUCAAUGAGGCAGAAAAGCCCCUAAGCCCGUGAACUGUGCUGGAACAUGUGGGUCUAUUACCAUCCCGCACUUUGGCAGGUGCUAUAAGCUCAAGACUGCAUUUUCAUGUCCUCUCUGUCCUGCUGAUGAAGACUUUGACAACAACAUUAAAAGAAAAAUACCUGUCCAACAUCAAAGGAAGAGACAUGAAUGUUAUACCUAACAUACUCUUCCUUCAUAGCUCUCCUACGAGUGUAACAGAGGAGAUUGUCUUGUGCCCCUGCAUCCUUAUGGAAGGCAACAGCAAGCGUGUGAGGGAUUUCCAAGUGUUAUCUCCUUUGAGCUUCAUUAAGGAUUCUCUUUUAUUGUUACAUCUCAUUUUUUCUUCUCUUAAAAUAGUUUUUUGGAUUUCAGAGAAAUGUGUGCCAAAGCUGAUUUAAAGGGUCUAGAGCAAUUCAGAAAAAGAGAGAGGUCCAAACCAAACCAUCAGCUCUCACCUCCCCCUAACUGAGAGAUGUUCAACAAACCCUUGAUCAUUGCAGGGAAUCAAAUUCUCAUGUUGACUUAAUUCCAGCACAGCAUUAAGGUCACACAAUAGUUCGUAUAGACUCUCCCAUACUUGUAAAAUGCUCUUCAAAAAUGCAGGGAGAAAAGUUUCCCCUUUACUCUGAGAGCAUUGCAUUUUUCUGUGCUGCAGCAGAGAGCAACACUGCUUCUGUUUACUCUUUCUUACAGCAUCAUAGCUUGGUUCAGCAGUGAUGGGGGCAGGCCUGCGAAAAAUGUGUUUUGAUGACUUGCAGAUGCAAUGAGAGGUUCAAGAGCAUUCAAGUAAAUGGUCACCUAUGAUAGACAGUCAGAUCUCCUAAAAAUCAGAAGGUUGUGUGUAUACUAAAUUAUUACUUCACCUUUUCCUCAUAUGCCAUUUCAGACUGUGCGUGCCAUUGGUAUGUACAUGUUUUUUCUCUGGAAAUGGUUGUAAAGAAAAACACCGACAACUAAAAUAGGGAUUGGGGAAGACUGAGUUAGAAUCUCUGCUCUUGAUCCUUUGUUUCAUAAUGAGACAAAUUUUCCCAAUUACUCAGAAGGGGGAAAAGGAGGAGGAUAAAUCUGUGACAUCAUAGCACAUCUUUGAGAUAUAAACUGUGAGGUCAUCAGCUUUUAAAUGCACUUUUAAAAUGUUCAAGUAGUGAUCCCAAAAUAGUGACAUCCCCGUUAAUACAUUAGCAGAGGCCAUUACUGUGUUAUGCCAUAGUAUUUAAUUUUAGUUAGGAGACUUAAAGUUGUAUAUAUAAAAAUAUAUAUAUUUAUGUACCAUAUUAAUGUUAUUUACUGUAAAUGUGGCUCACCUAUCCGAAAUAGAUCUAGAGUCCUACAUGAGAGUUAAGCACCCUGAAGGAGAAGAAGGAGCAGGUAGAAAACCUAAUUUGGCUUGCCAAAGGUGUGUCAGCAUACUUAAAAAAAAAAAAAAAAAGGGCAAAACAUUGCCCCUUACAACAUAGCCGCAAUCAUAUUUGGAGCAUGAUUUAUGGACACAUGAAAGAGAAAAUGACAAAUAGGAAAAUAGAGCAGAAGACAGGCCAGAUCCUCAGCUGCUCUAAAUCAGCAUUCCUCCAUUGACUUUAAUGGGACCAAGAGGUUGGUCUGGUAUCUUAAAGAGACCUCGAACUAAGUAGUCUUAACCUUAGUCUCUCCUCUUUAUUCAAAAAUGUCUGUUUCUUAAUAGUCAAUCACACCUGACAUAUACAAGAAAAUAGACAUUUUUAUCCCUGAUCAGUCUGAUCUGUUUAGUCUCAGUUCUAGUUCAGUCUGACUCUGGCAAUACCACUGUCAUAGGCUUCAAAGGAAAGUGAGAAAUCUCAGCAGAAGAUAACUGUGGAGUAAUUGGCAGCUAGGUAAUAUUCCUCCCUAACUCCAAGGAGUUUGGACUUGGUGGAUCAGCUUUCAGUAGAUUGCCUUUCAUUUUCUGCAAAUAACUCCUUAUUUUUUUAAAUGGAAACAGAAGGAAUAGAAGUGCAUGAUCUUCCUCUUUUGUAUCAGAUCUGAUUUCACCAGCUCUAACCUCCCCUCUCUUACCCCUUUCUAAGCUGUGCCAGUCUUUUCGAUCUAUCUCCUCAGAUGGAAAUCUUUUCCAGCCCCUGUCAUUUUUAGCAUCUGUCCCUGAAAUCAGUGCUCUUCAAUUCUGUUUGUUUUGAGACAGGAUGAAGUAAAAGUUUGCAUGGCCAGGACAUGCUGUAGGUUUACCCAAUGGUAUUUGAAUCUUCUCAGCAUUAUUUUUCUCCCAACUGUGCUUCCAGACUCUGUGUUUGCUUUUUAGCCACCCCUGAAUGGGGGCCAUAGUCACCUCUGGGAUAUUUUUCAUCUCUGGUUACAGCUCACCUAGAGCCAACCUGUUUUACAGUCCAUGAAACCGCACAGCUUCUCUCUGGGCAUAGCUGCCAGCACACUCGCACUCAUUUCCCCGGUGCUGCAUCUGGGGAAGUGGUCAAGCUGACGGUGUAUGAGAUCACAUGCAGCAUGGCUACUCCCUGGAAGCCAAAGUGUUGCUUAGUAACCCACUCAUGGAAGUACCAGAAGCAUUUUUCAAUCUGUCACGUUGGCGAAAAACACUGGCUUCUUGAUUUAGAGGCAUUCUGCUGUGCUGAGCAGAGCUGUGCUCCAUUACUUUGCAUCCUUCGCUAUCCGCAAGUCAGGAAAUGUACCUACCAUUUUAUGGAGGGGCUGGGGGGAAAUGCAGCACAGAAAGGAUUUGCCCAGGAUUGCACGUGAAGCCCUUAGCCAGUUCUUCUGACUUCUAGUCCUCCCCUUAACUUUCUUCCCAUGGGAGAUCUUCCCUCCUUAUGAAAGUGCACUCCAAGGUCCUAUAGCAAUUGACCAAACAGGACCCUGCAGCACCGUCAUCUAUUAUGAGACACUACUGCAAUAAAACAUGGCUGUGUCAUACAGAAAGUGGAUGAGGUAUUGCAAUAUUUAUGUUGUAAGCCUCAGUGUCAUGGACAAUUGCUACAGAAUACUGUACAUCUUUUUUAAUGCAGUGGAGUCAUAGCAGCCUCACAAGAGCACACAGAACACAAACCAUCAGGGAAUACAUGGUUUCCUCAGUUAUAUUCAAAUUAUUGUGUUACUGAGAGUUAAAUGAAAAACAUCCUCUCAUUUAAAAAUAGACUAUAGAGGCUUUUCAGUUGUUUCCCUUUCCCUUUUAAAAAUAAUUCAAUCAGGGAGUAAAACAUCCAAGAACUCUAUUCUGACUUAAGAGGCUUGCUUCUUUAUCUGGCACUGGUUUAUCCUUAAAAACAGCUCUAAAAAGUAUCUUUUGGGUUUUUAUUUGUGGUACCUAAUUGAUUUUGCUAUCAAACCUCAUUAGUUUGGAAAUGGAGUGUAUUCUAAGCAAGGUCUAGUUCUAAGCCCUGGGGUCCAGCUGGGCCCUUCCCAUCCCUUCCCAUCAUCAGACAGAGCAGAACCGUAGGCUGUGUUAGGCCAUGGUAUCACCCAUUACCAUGGCUUGCCUCUCGUCAUCUGUUGGUCUUCAGAGACUCUCUGACUCGUGACAAUUCUCAAUACUUUGGUGAGGAAAUUAGUAAGAAGGUUUGUUUUGUAUGAAAAUCUCUUUUAGUGCAAGGUCAGUAACAGACAGGACAACUGCAGGCUAAAAAUUAAUGCAGCAUAAAAGAAGGAAAACCAUCCCACAACAUGAGAGGUUUCGGAUUUGAUUUCUGAGGGAUUUCUGAGGAAGUGAGUACAUUCCUGUAGUCCUUUCCAGCCUAAUAGAUAAGGUUGGGCAUGGGAUAAAGUGUCUUUCAAUUUCAGUUUGCAUAUAGUUAAAAAAAUACAGGAUGCUACCUAAAAAUGUUCCUGAUGGCUGCUGUGUGGCUGGUGUGGGAACAACUGAUGAUCCCCCUGUGGGGCCAAGAGUAGAAGUGUCUAUCUCACAGUUAUUUAGAAAGAACUGGCUUCUGUAGGGGGGCAGGGAAUACUUUUGGCAAGGGUGCCAAAAAGACUGUGGAGGCCUGAUCUACAUUUUCGUUUCUAGAACUGGCUGUGCCAGCUCAGGAUUGAUGGAAAUCUUGUCCUUGUGAUGCUUCGCUCUGUGGAAAGAGGAUUCAGAGACGCACUAAAUGUACAAUACACUGUUUGUUUUAAAAGUAGCAGAGUAUCUAUUUCCAGUCUUCUAAUACCUUGACCUUGAAAUUUGUUUGUAAUUAAAUAGUCUUGUGUUACCAGGUAGCCACUGAAGCAAAAGAACUGCUGUUAUAAAGACAGUGGGGUAGGGAAGAACAGCCGGACUGGAUACCUUCUGGGCAAUACCUGGAAAGCACGUCCGUUCCAUGCAGUCACAAGGGAAAAGCACCUCUUUCUUCUGCUCAUUCUGCAAGACAAAAAUGAAUUGAGCUGAGAGAGAUUUCAGAGAAACCGAGGUAGCUACAAAGCAGGGGGUAGUUUAUAGAUGUCCAUUCUUGCUGUUAGUUUUUGAGGUUUCUAUCUGUUCACAUAGCCUUCUUUUCAAUACUGGGGAUGCUUUAGGUUAUCUCUGUCUCACCCAGCUGGGAUCUGCUUCCCAUCAUAGAAAGAAUGAAACGUGGGUUGGAACCUUCCCCAUUUCCUUGUUGUAGAUAAGCCCACCUGUACAUGAUAGAUGUGUAUGUUAAGUGACUGCAUUGCAGUGACUUUUGUAAUGCAUUAACUGUUGUGUCAAGAUAAGAUGGCCGGAGAAAACUAGGAAUCCAUAAAAUGUAGUAUCAAUAGAAAAUCAGUCACUGGAAAGGCAACACAGCUGAAAGUUUCUUACUCUUAGCAACCAUCAUGUUUUCUGCAAUAUGCCAAACUCUGUAUCCUCUAAAGAGCUUUUUAUCCUCUUUGCAGCACAAGAGAACUUGACUUUUGUGGCUUUAUUCCAAAAUGGAGCCAUUGGUGUUCGAUCAUCUCAUAAUGUGCUGAUGAAUUGAAAACCCAGCCUUGACAUGGGUUUGCCAGCUGCCAUAGCUUCCCAGCAAAAUAAUCUAGUAUCAGUCAAUGAAUAGACAGGAGGAGUUCUGGGCUGCUGGUGAUUGAGCGUGCCACUGAAAUUUUGGUCUUCAGGGCAAUAGAGGUAAGGAGAUUCUGUACCAGGAGAAAAAUCGUACAGUCUCAGAUGAAACAAGUUGUCCUGUAAGUCACAAGGUAGGUACAGAAUGCCACCCAGAAUGACUGGGUGACUGAAAAAAUAAAGCUUCCAGCAUAAUACCCCAGAUAUCUCUCUCACUUCAGAGAAAAAGCCCUUUCGUGAUUGAUCCAGGGGUUGCAAUUUAAAUAGGCUCAUGAAGCUGCAGAGCCACAUCACUGAGUCCUUGGGGGCUCAAUGCUUCAGAUUUCUCUCCUUGUCACAGUGUCUCCAAUCAUGUAAACAUACAUGAAUAGGAGAAAAAUGUCUGUCAGUACUUUCAGAUUCCUUUCCUUUUCAGCUGCAUACACUACCUCCAGGUUGCCUGUUGCUACCCUAUGUGAGGCCUAAUUGGAGUUUACACUAUGCUGCUUGGUAUUCAUUUACUUUUGGUGGCCACAGACUAAGAUUACAGGUUUGGGAACCAGUGCAUAAUUGUAUGGACAGCUUCUUGUGUUAUUUUUCUCUACCUUCCUCUGUAAAGUGUGAACCUUUCUUUGGAACUCUGAAGUGACUGUAUCGUUACAAUGUGUGUAUGUAGAGAUUUGUUUUGAUAUGACUAGUGCGGACGACCUUUGCUCCUUUUAUCUCACACUCAGUUUUCUUAAGUGCUCGAUAUCUUUGCCAGCCUUUUGUUGGGGAGGAGAGGUGGUAGGGUGGGUUCUUACACUUUAAACUUUGGCAUUUUUGAGGGAACUAUGCACAGCUUUAAGUAGAGCAGUAUGAGAAUCUAGAGUGCUUCCAACUGUUUUUUAGUCCCGAUCUGAUUUCUUCCAGGAGAAUCAGAUUGGUUUUGAAAGCCUCAGAAAAACAUGGUGCUUGAAGCUACAAGCCAGCACUGAUCAAGAAGGCCCAUCAGUUUGUCAUGCAUGGAAAUGUGCAUUACGUUUCUCCCCAGCUCAAAGGUAUCUAAAUACAGAGUGAAUCACAUCCUCUGCUCAUGAAAACUGACAUGGCUCCAUGGAAGCUAGUGGAGCUACCACAGUUUGCACCAGCCAGGGAUUAGGCCUUCUGUGUUUUGGUGGUUAGGAAAACCAUGAGCGAAAUCCUACAAGGGUUUGAGAGAAGAAGGCCAUGUGUGCUGGAACCUCUCAGCUUUGCAGGAUUUCUUUGGUAUUCAUACACAUUUGCAAGAAUGUAUUCCAAGCAUCUUGUACUGUUAUUAGUAACUUGUACUGUAGUUUGUUAGCAGUGUUGACUACCUACGUAGCUUUCUGUUGCAACUUAGAAAAAAGUGUUAACGAUUACAGAAAACAGGAGUUUAGAACUUGUAUGUACUUUUUUAUAUAUUAAAGCACUUCAAUUAAAAAUACAAGGAAAAAUG